GAUUGCAGCCCGUGCAUGGCAUGGUUGACAGGGCAGCUCGCGAUCCAGGCAGGGAACCAGGGCGGACAGUACUUCUAUUCAGCCGACAGCAGCAGCGUCGCGGUUCGAGCGGAGAGCGUCUCCGUCCCCGGUGCUCGUCUCAGCCGCUGUCCCUCCUCCCCGAGAGCCGAGCUCCGCGCUUGUCAUUGCUCGGUCGGCCUCGGAGCUGACGGCGCUUCACGUUAGCUCUGCGAAAAUGGCGGAUAUGCCGACGGAGAAAAGCCUGGACGACUUCUUCGCCAAGCGGGAUAAAAAGAAGAAGAAAGAGAAGGGGAAGGGCAAAGAGACGGCCGCCGCGGGGCCCACGACGGCCGCCGUGAAGAAGAUCAAGAGGGAGAAGGAAAAAUCCACCAAAAACGAGAAUCAGGACGCGAAUCAGGUCGUUAAGGAGGACGAGGAAUGGAAGGAGUUUGAGCAGAAGGAAGUGGACUACAGUGGGCUUCGCCUUCAGGCCUUACAGAUAAGCGACGAGAAGGAGGAAGAGGAAUACGAGAAAGAGGAGGUCGGCGAGGACGGGGAGAUCAUCCUGGUGAGUUCAGACAAAGUGUCUGGUCCCUGGAACAAGUCUGGUGGAGCUCCUCCUCCUCCUUCCGCCGCCGCCGCCGCGCCUCCUCCUGAAGAGGAUCCAGAGGCGGCCGAGUCCAAGCCAGCCGGUGUGUAUCGCCCCCCAGGAGCUCGCCUGGGCAACACCAGAAGCCGCCCCACCCAGGGCCCCCCCGAGAUCUACAGCGACGCACAGUUCCCCUCCCUGCUGUCCACCGCCAAGCACGUGGAGACACGCAAGGACCGAGAAAUGGAGAAGACCUUCGAGGUGGUGAAACACAAGACCCGCGGCCGGGAGGAGAGCGGCGGAGCCUCUAUGCAGCACCUGCAGCUGGACAACCAGUACGCCAUCCUGGGGGACAAGUAGACCCGCCCCCCCUCUCCGCCCCCCCGGCCCCUCCAGCACGGUCCUGCCCAGCCCCAACCCCCCCCCCCCCCAAACCCAGCGGACCUCCAGCUGUGUGGACCGCAGUCCUGACAGAAGCUCAUGCUGCCACCAUCGCCACACCGGUCACUCACACAAACACACACACCCGAGUACACACUCAGUCACACACUGCAGUGGCCCCUCCCUUCAAACACGUCACACUCUCGAUACAUUUUCGGUCGGCAAAAACUGAUGGGCUGCACCCGAGGGGGCCGACGGACGAGGAAACCAUUUUGAAAUUGAGAAAAAAAAAAAAGCCAAACAUGCGGCGGCGAGAGGCGGCACACUCGUCCUCUGUGGAUCGCACUCAGAGCAGCGGUCGUGCGACGCAGCCUCUCCGGACUUCAGUGCGCUCUGACCACCGCCACAGAGGAUGGACAGGAGACUUCAGGCAGGAUGAUUUUACAAACUUCUGUGAAAAUGUCUAUUUUUCUGCGAGAUCAUUAUAACCCAGUCGCACACGGUCGUGUUGGGGUGUGUGUGCGGCGUCGCGGUCGGGGCUUCAGGAGCAGGGAUUCUACCUCAACAGCACGGCGGGUGGUGGCCAUGUGGACGGAGCUUCGUCUUCUUCUUCUUCUGCCCGCUGCGGCGGUGAAGGGAGGGGCAAACAUCCAGCCGCCCCACAAACAGGCUGGCAUCACGCUGUUUGGUUGAGAAACUUGAAGCUGUCUUUUUUUUUUUUUUUUUUUUUUCUUUAUCUCUUCAUUCUCGACGGUGACUCAAGAAGCGAUAAGUUGUGGUCCUCAUUUAGAACUUCUCUAUAAAGUGGCCUUACUGAUGGAGGGAAACCGCUUCGUCAUGUGAAGUGAACGCUGCUUGUUGUCUCUCGGGCUGCGGCCCGCCUCUGGAUCUCACCACAACAAAAAGAAAAGAAAACAGGAAAAACAACCUCUUGCGUUGAAGAAUGUAGUGCUGUUGUAGUUUGCCUGAUGAUCACAGCUACUAACUGUCUCUCAUAUCCACCGUUUUGAUUUCGCCGCCGUCACGUUUUCGAGCUGAAUUCCAACCCGAGGCGAACGCUUUGCUGUGGUUUGACACGAGAGAACGACGGGGAACCGCUUUAAAGGUACAAUAUGUUUGUUCUCGAGGUAGAAAAUGAAGGAUAUUUAUCAUCCAGCUGGUCUUCACGGCUCCGUCUGGUUCGGAGAGUCGCCCCGGACUCAGGACAGCAGCAGGAGGAGGAGGAGAGAACCCGAACCUGGGCGCCGCAGCAGUGACCGCUCUCAUCUUACAUAUUGUACCUUUAAAAUUUUGUUGAAGUUGUUCGCUCUAUUUUUGAGUUGACAACUUUUAUUCUUCAUAGUAAAGUGAUAUAAAUUAGACUCCGUGCUUUAGGAUUUCUUCUUCCUUUAUGUUUCUUUUGCGAGGCUUUUCCUUGCUUUUCCCGUCUGAAGCCUCGCUGCUCGCCUGUAAGCGUACUUCCACCAGAACAACAGAGUACCUUCUGACCGGACCACGUUCAACACGCCCAGAUCAACCCAGAGGGGCUUUUAAUGCAAACAAAGAUGUUUAAAGAAAACAUAAAGAACUGGAUGUAUGUUCUAUGUGUGUGUUUCUCGUUAAACUAUGUCGAGAGAGAGAGAAAGAGAGAUGAUCCCUGCCAGUGGGUUAUUACGAGAAAAGUCCAGCGCACAAAAAAAAAAAAAUUGAUAAAAUAAAGGUGUUGGUUGUGAAUUUAGUGGAAUAUUUGGAUUCCUGGACUGUUUCCUGAAAAA